GAGGCAGACGGGGCGCGCCUGAAAGAGGGCGCGAACAUCAACAAGUCGCUCAGCGCGCUGGGCAACGUGAUCAGCGCGCUCAGUGCCAACGCGCAGGGGAGCAAGAAGGCCUUUGUGCCGUACCGGAACUCGAAGCUGACGCGCGUCCUGCAGGACAGUCUGGGGGGAAACUCGCUCUGCACCAUGGUGGCCACGAUCGGGCCAGGGGCCGGGAACGUCGAGGAGACGCUGUCCACGCUGAACUACGCGAAGCGCGCUAAGAUUAUCCGGGUGACGGCCACCAAGAACGAGCAGGAGAUCCAGG